GCAGAAUUCUGAAUUCCUACUGCGUUUACUUCGCCGAGAAGGCGAAGAAGAAAGAAGGAAGAAAAAAAGAAGGCAUCCUAACAAGAAAGAAAAAAGAAAAACAGAAAACCCAUUCCAGGAGGAGUGAAGAGAGUGAGAGCUUUCCAGAUUGUCUGCAAUGGAGGAGGUUUCGUCGCCAACUUCUCCGUGUGGCUCCGCACAAUCUUGUCCGGUUUCACCGUCUCCGUUCGCCGUCCUCCCUGUAGCGUCGCUCAAGAACAGAAUCGUCGAGAAAAUCAGGGAAAAUCGCGUUACUCUCAUAGUCGGCGAGACUGGCUGCGGGAAGAGCUCUCAGGUUCCGCAGUUUCUCCUGGAGCAAGACAUGGCUCCUGUUCUAUGCACACAGCCGAGGAGAUUUGCUGUUGUUGCUGUGGCAAAAAUGGUUGCGCAAGCUCGUAACUGUGAGCUGGGAGGAGAGGUUGGAUAUCACAUAGGCCAUUCAAAGGUCUUAUCAACCACGUCAAAGAUUGUGUUCAAGACUGCUGGAGUCUUGCUUGAUGAAAUGCGGGAUAAAGGGUUUAAUGCACUCAAGUACAAGGUCAUCAUUCUUGACGAAGUGCACGAAAGAUCUGUUGAGUCUGAUCUUGUCCUUGUCUGUGUGAAGCAGUUUCUUCAAAGGAACAAUGAUCUGAGGGUUGUUUUGAUGUCUGCAACUGCUGAUAUUGGAAGGUAUAGAGAUUAUUUUAGAGAUCUUGGCAGGGGAGAAAGAGUUGAAGUGCUUGCCAUUCCUAGCCCUGAUGAACAAUUUGUUUUCCAGAAAAAGGUGUUAUAUCUCGAACAGAUUACAAGGUUUCUUGGAUUCAGUUCAGAAUCCCUAGCUUCCAGAUAUUGUUCCGGACCCAGUCCUUCAGUGGCUGGUGCUGAUAUGAAGCCUGAUGUACAUAAAAUCAUCCACGAUCUUAUUCAGAACAUUCAUCAAAUUGAUCCAGAUAUUGAAAAGGGGAUUUUGGUUUUCCUUCCAACUUACCGUGACUUGGAGCAGCAGUGGUAUCUCUUGAAGCCAUUCACUCACCUUUUCAAAGUUCAUGUUCUACAUAGUAGUAUUGAAACUAGUGAAGCUCUUCUGGCUAUGAGAAUCUGCAAGUCCCAUCGAAAGGUUAUAUUGGCCACUAACAUUGCCGAGUCAUCCGUGACAAUACCCAAUGUUGCUCAUGUCAUCGAUUCAUGUCGAUCUCUACAAGUUUUCUGGAGCCCUACAUUGAAAAGAGACUGUACAAAGCUUGUUUGGGUUUCUAAGUCUCAGGCUGAUCAACGCAAGGGGAGAACUGGUCGAACUUGUGAUGGUCAGAUAUAUCGGUUGGUCCCAGGAUCUUUUUUCGGUCAACUAGAGGAUUACGAGUGUCCAACUAUACAGAAGCUAUCAUUGCGUUUGCACGUGCUUCUGAUUAGCUGUGCUGCAGCAAGGACUAUAAAUGAUCCCAAGGGCUUACUACGCAAGGCCUUGGAUCCUCCCAGUCCCGAAGUUGUUGAAGAUGCUUUAACUAUGCUUGUUAGAGUGAAGGCUCUUGAUAGAACUAAUCCAAGUGGUCGAUGCGUGCCAACGUUUUAUGGGCACUUACUUGCCAGCUUCUCCCUGACAUUUGAUGCUUCAGUUCUUAUUGUUAAGUUUGGGAGCAUUGGAAUGCUGCGGGAGGGUGUGCUUUUGGCUAUUUUGAUGGACACUGUGCCUGUACCAAUUCUUCGACCUUUUGGAGAGGAACAUCUGUAUAAGCAAUAUACUGGUGGCGAUUAUGGUGGUGAUUGCAGCAGUAAAGUCAAAAUGGGUCCAAAGGAGAUGGAAUUGCUUGGGAACUUAAAUGCAUAUCAGUUCUGGCAACGUGUUUUCAGGGAUAAGCACCGGAUGGAACGAUUGAAGCACAUCUCGAAAUCAAAGGGGACGGAAGGCUUGAUUUCCCUGUUUCCAGCGAUGGAAGAAGAGUGGUGCUCAUUCCAUAACCUUGUAAAGGAAUCAUUACAUCAUGUAUCAGAGAGAUAUGAGGAUAUAAUGACUUCGCUGCAUCGAUUUCGGCCAAAAUUUCUCAGCCAAUGCGAUGGCCUACCAGUUUAUUAUGAGCCUCAUCAAUAUGUUCAUACCUGUCAUCCACAAUGUGAGCCACGCAGGGAUGCAGUGUUCGCUACUGCAGAAGAUGAGCACCAAGAAGAAUUUUGUGAAAUGGAAAAGUGCACUGGGGCACCAUAUGUUGCUUCUGAUCAGUUCAAAACCAUUGAAGUAGCCAGAAAUUUCUCAAAUAUUGUCAAAGAGGUGCGAGUCCAGAGCACGGAGGAGAUGCCUACAAAUCUUUCUAAUCAUGCUAAUGGUGAUUCUUCUUAUACCAAUGGGAUGGCUCUUCAAUGUGCAUAUUUUGCAAAUGGAUACUGCCACAGGGGCGAUCAGUGCUUGUUUUCUCAUUCAUCGCAAGCAAGGAGAGCUCCAUGCAACUUCUUCUUCUCUCUGCAGGGUUGUCGCAAUGGGGAGACAUGUCGCUAUUCUCAUGAUUCUGGACAACCAAUCUCAUCAUUCAUUUCAACCCGAUGCCCCCCUGAGGACGAUGGAGCCGAUGCUGGAUCCCUUUUACGACUGUUUCCAACGUUUUCCUGCGAUGGAUUCGUUCUACUAUUAGACGACCCUGAUUUGCGCCUAACUUCGAAUUUGACUUCUCACUAUGAUCCGUCGAGAAUAAUUUCCACGACAAGCAUGUCAAACACCUCCGUCUACGACCCAGCGUUGCGAGGCGUUCGAAUCCUCUGGGGACUCAGCAACCCCCAUGAGACGUUCCUUUCUGAUGGCAGGUGGGAUGAUGAGGUCCCAUGGAGCGCAGUCGAGUGCAUUCUGUGGUCCCCCAACUUGGAAACAUACGACGAGAGCUGGGAGAAGCAGCAAGUUGUCGUGCAGGAGUUGUUUGAGCGUCUAGCCGUCCGAAUUUUAGCCGAUGACUUGUGCGAAGCACGACUGAUCCUCAUCAUCAACAAUAUCAAAUUCUCUCAGCUGCAGGUGGAAAAGCUGGGCAGAGAAUGCUUCUUCUUCCUGAGGGAGUCAUUCCCUUUCGACGAAGGAACGUUUGGGAAGAUCCCUGGAUCGGUUGCGAGCCAGAAGGCGAUGGUGGUCUACAAGACGGUGGCGUACGUGUUUGAGAUGUGCCCGCCCAGCCAUGUUGAAUUGGGCGAUUACAGAGCUGCAAUCAGGAAGGGUUUAUGGGGCAUAGACGAUAGCCGCAGCAGAAGCUCUUCCACAUUGGAUUUGCGCGGCCUCAAUGGCGUCGUGAGGGGUUUGAGGCUGUAGCUGCCUUGACUAUGAAGACUAGCAGCUGCAGAGCCUGGAUGGUACACACUUGCCAACCAAACCAGUUGUUUUGCACAGAGAUUUUGGCUUCUUAGAGAGAUAUAUUGCGCCCGCAGAUGCCUGCAUGAUCUUGGGUUGAACCGUAGUUUCUUACUGGUUCGGCGUUCUACUUACCAACUUUGCCAAGCCUGAAGCUUGCGGGGUUAAAAGUUACAUCUUUUCCGGUCUUCGUGCUAAGGACUUGAAUGGUAUUACUUGUGUUGCGCAGAUCCAAUGGCAAGGGACUUGCGUUGCAUUUGAUAACCACAUGACAUGAAUGACGACCCAAAACGCGUUCCGGAAGGUUUAUUACCUUAUAUUUGGCACUACACAUGUUGUUUACAUUUUAUGGUUUAUGUUAAGAAAUAAUGAUAUCGUAAAUCAUUAGUAAUUAAUAUUUUGAAA